GGCUCCUGAAAGCAGUGACUGUUCUUUGCAUCGAAGACCAGCACAAGGAGGAGUCACCAAAAGAGCAAGAAAAAGGCGAGACUGCAAGUCGGCCAGACCUUACUUGCUUUUCUGAUCUGCAAAUCAACAAAGAUGGGCUACAGGCUCAGGCCGGAAGCCCCUGGAGACCCAGUCAUGAGAGGUAAACUGAUCCUGCUUUCCAGUGUGAUCUUCGUGCUCCAGGUUGUAUGUUGUUGUCCUGAGAAGUGUCGCUGUUCCUCCUCUUCACAUUCUGUAGACUGCAGCCAGCAAGGUCUGGUGGAAAUCCCUUCUAAUUUGCCUCCUCAGACUCUCAUGCUGCACUUGCAAGAUAACCAGAUAAACCGGCUUCCUGCUUUUGCAUUUAGAUCAGUUCCACAGCUCAUUGCCUUGGACUUGGGCAAUAAUUCCCUUUCCUUUUUGGCUUCUGCAGCCUUCCACGGCCUUCAGCACUUGCAGGUCUUAAACCUAACCCAGAACUCCCUGCAUUCCCUGGAAAGUGAACUUUUUCACUCCCUCCCUCAGCUAAGAGAGCUGGAUUUGUCAACCAACAAUCUCAGUCACCUUCCCACAUCCCUGGGUAAGCCUUGGGAGAAUCUAACUAUAUUUGCAGUUCAACAAAACCACCUUCAGCAGCUUGACCGAGUGCUUCUAGAAUCCAUGCCCAGUGUGAGGCUCUUGUUUCUCAAGGACAACCUCUGGAAAUGCAACUGCCACUUGCUUGGUCUAAAACUCUGGUUGGAGAACUUUAUCUACAAAGGGGGAGUCAUCGAUGGCGUCAUCUGCAUGUCACCAGAUCUCUGGAAGGGAAAGGACCUCCUUACAAUCCCCCAUGAGCUGUACCAGCCCUGCUCUUUUUCUUCUUCAGAUCUGGAUUCCCUGCGGGUGUCACAGACAGGCUCUGCUCAUCAGGCUGUUCUGAGGUCUCCUGAGAGCCACUGGGAAUGUGAGCUCAAACCCAAGCCAAGGCUGACCAAUCUGCGUCGUGCAGUGGCUACUGUUGUCAUCAUAGGGAUUGUGUGUGGAAUCGUGUGUCUCCUGAUACUGGUAUCCACUAUCUAUGGCUGCACCUAUGCAGCUCUGACAGCCCAAAAUCAGGGUGGACCCUUGGCCCAAAUCCAUGAACUUUCAACGGCAGAAGGAAAAGAGCUUUUGGAUAAUUCACCAGCCUGA